AAACUUUUCUUACCUUCUCGGAAAGUCAUGAGAAGUCUCAGUGAGACUGGAGCCAGAAGGGCUGAGUGGAGCAGGAAGGAGCAAACCAGCCUGAAUUGCUCACUGAGCGGCUGAGAGAGCCAGGUGUUGAUUUGAAGCUGUGUCUGCUGAAAGGUCCCAGUCUUGAAAAAUGACUCAGUCGGUACAAGUUAACACCAAGCUGCCUGAUCUGGGCUCUCCGUUUAUCUACUCCAGUCAGGACGAGGCUGAGCAGCCGGGCUCGUACUCCGUCCAGACUCCGUAUGGUUUCCAGCUGGAUCUGGACUUCCUCAAGUAUGUAGAAGAGAUAGAAAGUGGGCACAAUCUCCGUCGGGCUCCUGUCAGCUCCCGCCGCCCUGGCCGGGGGCUCAAACUCUCCCAGCGGAGUGUGGGGGGGCGUAACAGUGGAUGGACUUCCACAGAGUCUCUCGCAUCCCCGGCCAGUGAGGAUGGCAGAGCUCCUCCCCCGCCGCCACCACGCAACCGCCUCGGGUCAGCCCCCUGCGAAUCGCUUUGUCUUUCCCCUGUGGCCGUCCUCAGUGUCCCCCCCUUGUCAGCUGGAGCCAAAGUGCCGCCUCCUCCACCACAGCGCAACCCCAGAGUGGAGCGGACUCUUCUGGAAACCAGCCGGCGGCUCCAACAGGAACAAUCCCACCAGCACCAAAACGGGGUGCGUCUCCAGCUCGCAGAUCCCCCCAAACAUCAUGUACCCUCUCCGUCGACUCAGCUCCUGCAGAGUAACUGGACUAAACCCAGUCCUCAGAACUCUGGGCGCAACACUCCAGCUGCUGGGACCACAAUGACUCCUAUCCCACCCAGCCAGCUGCAGACAGUCAGAGAGCAGAUGGCCACCGCCUUGAAACAGCUGAAGGAGAUGGAAGAGAGGGUGAAGGGUGUUCCUGCGCUUGAGAAAGAGGUGGCCAAGCUUCGGGCGGAGAAAGACAUGCUCCUGUUAGCCCUGCAGGAGAAGAAGGCAGCCAUGGAGGCGGCCCAGCAGAAGCAGCAGUCCACAGAGACGUCCACCCAAACCACAGAGACCGUUCAAGCGGACCAAAAUAUCCACAGUCGAUUGAAUGCACCAACCUCACCUGGACAGAAAGGCCUCGGAAAAUCUGGUGAGCUGAAAAGGCUGACUGAGAGAUUUGAGGGCAAGGACGAGAAAGCUACAGAACCUUCAUCCAAAGUUUCUGUAAAAGCUCCAGAAAAGGUAUCUGUUGUGGAGAGGAAAACUGUUUCUGUUGGGGGCGACGCGCCAAUGAACUCAGUUGUUUUUUACUACAGCCAGGGGGUGAAAGAUGCUUCUGAGGGCACAGAGGUAAAUGUUUGUGAGACAGGCACAGGGACUGAGGCCCACCUGCUUCAUGAGGAGGGGGUGCAGGCCAGUGUGGAGACAGAAGAGGCUGGGGUUUGGGUUAUGGAGUCACUACUCGGGCUGACCAGCGAGGCACAGCGGGAAAUCGACACCUUACAGGACACCAUUAAAUUCCAGCAGGAGUCCAUUGGGGCUCUAGAGGACCGGUUGAGUGUGGCCGACAAAGACAUGGGGAUCCUUAAAGCCAAGAUGGAGGAGGAAACCUCCAAGGUCACGUUUGAGAAGGGGGUUCUUGCUAAACCAGACAUGAGACAUGCUCAGGUAGAGACAUCGACUGCUGUAUUAAAACAUGCUGCAGUAUUGUGCCGUCCUGAGGUGAGCGAUGCAUGCGUGGGUGAGAAUUUAACAUCAGAUCACAUCGAACAAUUCACCCAAACUGAUGCUGCAGAGGAAAAGGCAGAACCAGCUCCUGUUGCAGUGGUCAGCACUGGGUGCCAAUGGGAGAACUUGUUUGGGGAAAAGCUGGAGGUGAAGAGAGUUACAGUCUUAAAGAAAAGACAGUUGACCAUCGCUGAUUACAAGGUCUCACCUGAAGAAGAGGUGGUCAGUACAGCCGAUAAGAAAGAGGACGACCAAGAGGAGAAGACUGGAGCCAGUGACACCAAGACAGGUAUGCUGAAAUCCAUCAUGAAGAGGAAGGAUGGGAGUAGCUCAGGCGAGAAUCGCACCGCUGGCAAGAAGAGCCUGCAGUUUGUUGGCAUACUAAAUGGAGGGUAUGAAUCAACAUCCAGUGAAGAGGAGGAGGAUGAAGAAGAAGAGGAGGAAGAUGGGAGUUCUUCUGGGGAAAGUGGAGAGGGUGAGUGCUUGGACAGCACCGAGGAGGAUGAGGCGGCUCUGGAGGAAGAAACAUCUGACGAGGAAAGAAACGUCAACCUGGAUGAGAGUGACACUGAUGAGGAAACCCUGAGAGCGUCAAAUUAUUCCUCCGAUGCCGUGAAAGAGAAGUUUGAGCUGAGCUCAAAAAUGAGAGAAGCGUGCCUCAUUGUGAAGAACCACCUGAACGAUGACCUAAAAACACUGAAGAGUAAGGAAGUGCUCUCCAGUACCCACACAGUGCAGCUCGAGUGGUUCCGUAUCUCCAGCGCCAAGAUGGCUCUGCCUCCUCGGGUCUCGGACUACCUGAUGGCGUUCUCAGAGGUGUCGUCUGUGCUGCUGGAGCACGUGGUCAACAUGACCGAUGGCAACGGAAACACUGCACUCCACUACAGCGUCUCCCACUCCAACUUCGGGGUGGUGGGGCUGCUGCUGGACACAAGUGUGUGCAGUGUGGAUAAGCAGAACAAGGCGGGCUACACGGCCAUCAUGCUGGCUGCCCUCUCCACUGUGAAGGAGGAGGCCGACAUGGCUGUGGUCAAGAGGCUCUUCAGUAAAGGCAACGUCAACGCCAAGGCCAGCCAGGCAGGCCAGACAGCGUUGAUGCUAGCUGUUAGCCACGGCCGUCAGGAGAUGGUGCGGGCGCUGCUGGAGUGCGGCGCUGACGUCAACGUGCAGGACGACGAGGGAUCCACAGCCCUGAUGUGUGCUAGUGAACAUGGCCGGGCUGAGAUAGUUAAACUGCUCCUGGAACAACCUGGUUGCGACAUAUCCAUUGUUGACAAUGAUGGCAGCAAUGCUCUUUCCAUCGCACUGGAGGCGUCUCACAACGACACAGCUGUGCUGCUCUACGCCCAUAUGAACUAUGCCAAGUCCCAGCCUGCUGUGGGGAGUCCAAAGACCCAGCCGAGAAGCCCCACCAGCCCCCACAAGUCCUGGCCUUCAGACUGAAAGGAUCAUGUAGACGAACACAUUAACAGGAUCUGAGCUGUAAAACGCUCCACUGGAAUUUUCUUAAAUAUAUAUGUAUUUAUAUAUUGCCAUAUGUCCUGCAUUUAUAAGUAUUGUUAAUAUGAAAAUAUUAUUUUUUCAUAAAAGUUGUGAAUGGUUAUAUAAUAUACGUGACUAAUAUGAGCUCCUAGCAUGUCUGAAUGAGGUCUCCAGCGCUUGUUUUAUUUUAAAUCUGUGACGAGAUGAGACCUUUACAUGUAUUAUUUGCACUCCCUAUAAUAUGUUUUACUGUUAAGGGCAAUACACACCAGUGGGAUAUUAUACAUGUCAAAGAAACCUGCACCAAUAAGUUUCAAUGUAAGCUUACAGCCCAAUAUGGGCCAGGCGUUACUGUCGGUGCAGAAAAGUGAUCAUCUCUUGGAUCCCUGGUUUAGCACGUCCCAACUCUUCUACUCUUUGUUUUUUUUUCUGUGCAGCCUUGGUUAACUUUCUGUGAACCUCUUCAUCUUCAUCUUUGUCUGCACUAACUGUUCGUGCAAUGUAAGUUUAUAUAAAUAAAUAUAUAUAUAUUCAUGUCUGAAAUAAACAUAUUUACAUAAAA